AUGGCCCUGAUGUGGGCUGUUGGCGCUUCUGGAGAGCAGCUUGACAUCUUGAUGCCGCCGCACAAGACGACGCGGGAGGACACGUACCUGUGCACCAGCGUGCGCGUGCCGGGCACCAGAGGCUACAAGCUCACCGCCGUGGAGCCCCACACGGAAAUGAAGAUCGCGCACCACAUGCUGCUGUUCGGUUGCCAUGGGGAGCCGAAUAACCCUCAAGAUGUUGAGCGUGAUGGUGUGUGGGAAUGCCACCAUGUUACAGCCUGCAAGGGGGAACAGGAGGCCGUCCUGUAUGGAUGGGGCAGGAACGCCCCAAAACUUGAACUUCCUGAUGGAGUGGGCUUUUCAGUAGGUGGCGAGGGGGGACUCAAUCAUCUAGUCUUGCAGGUGCAUUACUUGCAAGUAAGACCUCCAGAUGACCACUCUGGUGUUUCAUUGACGCUGAGCACAGAGGCAUACAAAUACUCUGCUGGCAUGAUGGCAUACGCCAUCAACUUCAAGGUUCCCCCCG